UUAAAUUUCCAUGAGUUAGAGAUUACAAUGACUCAUGGCUUGGAAUGAGCUGAAAUCCCUAAGGUGCUUGUUACCGCCUACUAUCACUUAUUGAAUUUCUAACAUAGUGGAGGGAUGUCUGCAGAGAAAUAUGAUGUACAAUUAUAAAAGGUUAUAGCUUCAUGUUGCUUGUACAGGAGUUAUUAGCAUGGCAUAACUUCACUCUUGCUGUUAAUUUCCCAGCGGCAUGGUUAUUAAGUACAUUGUUCUGUAUUUUUUCUAGGAUGUUGACAUAUGUUGACCAACAGUGACAUUGUAUGUCAGCACUGCUGCAUUGACUCCCUCCUGAAUUCAGAAGCAUCAAGAGAGAUUUCAUAUGUAAGAGAUCCUGAAUUAUUUAAAGAAUCCCUAUUAGAAGUAUCUGGAUUGCAUUUCUAAACUGACAAAAAGGCUUGGACUUCAAGAUGCUUAUAAAGGAAUAUCGUAUUCCAAUUCCAAUGAGUGUGGAAGAGUAUCGGAUUGCCCAGCUGUACAUGAUACAGAAAAAGAGCAGAGAAGAGACGUGUGGAGAAGGCAGUGGUGUGGAGAUCCUGGAAAACAGGCCAUACAAAGAUGGUCCUGGUGGCAUUGGGCAGUAUACUCAUAAAGUAUAUCAUAUUGGUAUGCAUAUACCCAGUUGGUUUCGGUCCAUAUUGCCAAAAGCAGCUUUAAGAGUUGAAGAGGAGUCGUGGAAUGCAUACCCUUACACAAGGACAAGGUAUACGUGUCCCUUUGUGGAGAAAUUCUCUAUUGAUAUUGAAACAUAUUAUAAAGCUGAUCCAGGAGAUCAUGUCAAUGUAUUCAACCUUUCUCCUGCAGAAAAAAGACAGACAAUUCUUGAUCCUAUUGAUAUUGUUAAAGACCCUAUUCCACCACAUGAAUACAAGUCAGAAGAGGAUCCAAAGCUUUAUAAAUCUGUGAAGACUAAAAGAGGGCCAUUGUCAGAGGACUGGAUUGAGGGGUACAAGAACAAACCUGGAAAAUAUCCAAUCAUGUGUGCAUAUAAACUAUGCAAAGUGGAGUUCAGAUACUGGGGGAUGCAGUCUAAAAUCGAGAGAUUUAUCCAUGAUGUUGGUCUACGGAAGGUAAUGGUGAGGGCCCACCGGCAGGCUUGGUGCUGGCAGGGGGGACAGCUGGAGAAGGAGGUGCAGCUGAUGCUGGCUCAGAAGAUGGCCCAGUUUAGCUGCAGUGAAAAUGAAGCAGAGCAACAUGGAGCCAAAGAUCUCUCAAGCGAGAAUGAUGGUGAAACCAAGGCCAUGUCCUCCAUCGACACAGCAGAUGCUGCUAGUAAUAUUGGGGAAGCUGUGUCUGGCAGAGGGAUAACUAAGCAGUGGUCUACAUCUUCCAAAUCCUCGCGAUCAUCAAAAAGAGGAGCAAGCCCCUCCCGCCAUAGUAUAUCUGAGUGGAGGAUGCAGAGCAUUGCCAGAGAUUCAGACGACAGCUCAGAUGAUGAAUUCUUUGAUGCACAUGAGGACUUGUCUGAUAACGAAGAAGUGUUCCCAAAAGAAAUCACCAAAUGGAGUUCAAACGAUCUCAUGGAUAAAAUUGAAAGCCCUGAAUGCGAUGUCCAGGAUGACUUGUAUCAUGAAACAUCAACAGAGUACCAUGUUGGUUCCAGUGUGGAAAGGCUAAGCAUCAUAGAGGAUGAAUCAGUGCAGCCAUUAAUGCAGCCAAGCAAAAUCCAUGUCCUAAUCUUGGUACUUCAUGGAGGAAACAUCCUGGAUACAGGAAGUGGUGACCAGAAUUCUAAACAAGGAGAUGUCAAUACUAUCACAACAGUGUUUGACACGGUCAUGAGGGUGCAUUACCCAGCUGCUCUUGGACACAUUGCAAUCAAGCUAGUCCCUUGCCCAGCCAUCUGCUCAGAAGCCUUUUCACUGGUAUCCAACCUCAGCCCCUACAGUUAUGAUGAAGGUUGCCUCUCUAACAGUCAGGAUCACAUUCCACUCGCUGCACUUCCUUUGCUAGCAACAUCAUCCCCACAGUAUCAAGAGGCGGUAGCCACGGUGAUUUUGAGAGCCAAUCAAGCCUAUAGCGAGUUCAUUAAAUCACAAGAAGGCACAUCAUUCACUGGCCAGGUCUGUUUGGUAGGGGACUGUGUAGGAGGAAUCCUAGGAUUUGAUGCCUUGUGUUACAGCAAUCAGACUGUGUCUGAGAGCCAAAACAGCAGCCGACGAGGGAGUGUUGUGAGUGUGCAGGACACUGACCUCUUGUCUCCUGGAAUAAUUGUGAACAAUAGUUACUGUUCCAGUGGCUCCAGGCUGGAGGCCAGCCGACACCUCAGCAGAAGCAACAUUGAUAUUCCUCGUAGCAAUGGAGAGGAUCCAAAGAAGCAACUGCCUCGGAAAAGGAGUGAUUCAUCAACCUAUGAAAUAGACACAAUAAAGCAACACCAGGCAUUCCUUUCAAGUUUACAUUCUAGUGUUCUGAGAAAUGAUCCAGGAUCCAGACGAUCGAGUAGCUCCACGAUGUUGGAUGGAGGAGGCCUUGGGAAAUUUGAAUUUGAGAUCACUGAUUUCUUCCUGUUUGGAUCUCCCUUGGGCUUGGUCCUUGCAUUGAGAAAAACUGUCAUCCCAGCUCUUGACAUCUUUCAGCUGAGGCCAGCCUGCCAACAAGUGUAUAACCUGUUCCAUCCUGCAGACCCAUCUGCCUCUCGCCUGGAGCCCCUUUUGGAAAAGAGAUUCCAUGUGUUGCCUCCCUUCAGUAUUCCACGCUACCAGAGAUUCCCAUUAGGGGAUGGGAAUUCUGCUCUUCUGGUUGAGACAGUCCAGAACAACCCCAUUCUUCUCGUGGAAAGCAGCCCAUUGGUUGCUCUCCAGCACCAGGACAGCUUCAUGGAAACCAGUAUACCUGUUCCUGUUCUGAAUUGGCAAGAUGUUUCCAAUAAAAAUGCUGUUUUUGCUGAGUCAGAUGUUGUUCAGUCUCAUGGUGCAGUCUUCAUGGAAAAUGCGUCCCUUUCCACUCCCAUAACAACCUCUCAGUUCAGGGGGUUCCGGAGGGCCAGUGAGAUCAGCAUUGCCAGCCAGGUCUCAGGAAUGGCAGACAGUUACACUGCUUCCAACAUAGCUAACAUUGCUGCCAGAUGGUGGGGAACAAAAAGAAUAGACUAUGCCCUUUACUGUCCCGAUGCACUGACUGCCUUUCCAACGGUAGCCUUACCACAUCUCUUCCAUGCAAGCUACUGGGAAUCGACAGAUGUAGUCUCCUUCCUACUGAGACAGGUGAUGAGGCAUGAAAACUCCAGCAUUCUGGAACUGGAUGGAAAGGAGGUCUCUGUAUUCACUCCUUCCAAGCCCAGAGAGAAGUGGCUGCGGAAGAGGACACAUGUUAAGCUAAGGAAUGUCACAGCCAACCACAGAAUAAAUGAUGCCAUCGCUAAUGAAGACGGACCCCAGACCUUAACAGGAAGGUUUAUGUAUGGGCCAUUAGACAUGGUCACGCUCACUGGGGAAAAGGUGGACAUUCACAUCAUGACCCAACCGCCAUCUGGAGAGUGGAUUUACUUUGACACCGAAAUCAGCAACAGCAGUGGCAGGAUUUCCUAUGUUAUCCCUGAGAACAAGCGUCUGGGGAUUGGUGUAUAUCCUGUCAAGAUGGUGGUCAGGGGUGACCACACAUAUGCAGACAGCUAUAUCACCGUUCUACCUAAGGGGUCAGAAUUUGUAGUCUUCAGCAUUGAUGGUUCCUUUGCAGCCAGCGUGUCUAUAAUGGGUAGUGAUCCUAAAGUCCGAGCUGGUGCAGUUGAUGUUGUAAGGCACUGGCAAGACCUUGGCUACCUCAUUAUCUACAUCACAGGCCGACCAGAUAUGCAGAAGCAAAGGGUGGUGGCAUGGUUAGCACAGCACAAUUUCCCCCAUGGGAUUGUCUCGUUCUGUGAUGGGCUUGUCCAUGACCCACUGCGGCACAAGGCCAACUUCCUGAAAAACCUCAUUACCGAUCUCCACAUGAGGAUCCACGCCGCAUACGGAUCCACAAAGGAUAUUUCAGUCUACAGCUCCAUUAGUUUGCCACCCACACACAUCUAUAUCGUUGGCCGGCCCACCAAGAAAUUACAGCAACAGUGUCAGUUCAUUACUGAGGGGUACGCAGCCCACCUUGCCCAGUUGGAGUAUAAUCAUCGCUCCCGGCCUGCCAAAAACACAACCCGGAUGGCACUCAGAAAAGGCAGCUUUGGUCUCCCCAGCCAGCCAGAUUUCCUGCGCAAGAGGAAUCAUUUGCUACGUACUAUCUCCUCGCAGCCCACAGGGGUGAGCGGGAAUGCAAGCCACAGACCUGAACGUACGCAGAGCCAGUCGGACAGCGAUAGGGAGAGAGAUCGGGAGCGCAGCCAAAGAAGCAUGAGCAUUGCCACUGGGUGCUGGGGCCGGAGCGCAGCCUCAAAACUGGAAUCUGGUACUUUGGGACAGAAGUAGAGCCACCUGGGAACCAGUGACAGUCAGCUGCAGUUGCCAGAGGAGGAAACAAAAGGAAUAAAGGACAAGGCCAACAGUGUGAGAUGGAAGGGUAAAUAUGGUGCUAAUCUCUAACAAUGACAUGGUGUGCUGGGAGAAAAGGAUGGUGUAUUUUCUACAUGGAAUGUGCAGGCCUUAAAACAGUGUGUUGGGUUUGCAGAGCAUUAGUCCAGAAAACCAUUGGAAAUUAAGGAUCUAAGGGGGAAAACCUACAGUCUCCACAUCAAGACUGUGCUCUUCUGUCUCCUUUUCUUAUCCAGAGUUGGCAACUGUAAAUACGUGCCUCCCUUACCUUCUUAGCCAUCAAUUAGAUAUACAUGACUGAGUUCAAUCCUCAGUGCCAUGGGGGGAGGGGAGAGAAUUAAUCUGAUUAGACUUUUCACUUCAGUUGUUUCAUUAGCCAGAUAGAGAGACCAAUGCUUUUGCAUGUGUUUUUCAAUGAAGCACAUCAUUCCCAAGAUGCAGAGAGACUGAAGCAAGAAGCUUCUUCUGCACUGGGUAAAGCAAUCAAGUGUUUUACACAUACAGAAAGCUUAGAAUUUACCCACUUUGUACCCAGGGGAUGUGUGUCAGCAAGAAUCAGCUGCUGUUGGCAGGAGCAGUGUGUCAACAGACUGACUCUCUAGUAAGUGAGGUCAUUAGAUUUUUGGUUUUUUUUUAAACAUUUUGAAAGUGAUUGAAUUUAAUGCAUUAAGCUAUUAAAAACAAAUUUGGUUUCAGCUGUUAAAAAUAUCAGCCACUUACUUUACUGUAUAGAUCUCUAAUAUAACUGCUGUAUAUUAUUUCCAAAACUUACCACCAUAUAUUGGCAAGUGUCUGAAAGUACUCAACAGCCAGAUUGCACUGCAUUUCCUGUCAUCAAAAUUCAGGGUCCAAAAUAUUUCACCACUGUCCCCACCUCAAAGACAUUUCUUCUUCUGAUGUUCUUUCCAAUAUCAGUAACAGCUUUCAUGGGAAUAUGACUUUCUUCUUUUAACUAUAAUUAUUCAACUGUAAAACCUCAUUGUUUUUGCACUGAUAAUUUGUAGAAUGGAGCCCUGUUACCAUCUCAUGUAGCUACCCCUAGCUGUUUGUAGUGCAUGACAAUUAAAUAUUACUAAGCCAAGGUGUGUGUGUGUAUAAACACACACACUCAUACACACAUUUAUCUAUCUCUAUCUAUCUACAUAGAUAUAGAUAUAUAUAAAUUGUGCCGUUUUUCAACAGUAAGGAGAUUGUAAGGAAGUAUGCCAACUAAGUUGUUCAAGCUUAGGAAAAGGCCAUAUCUUCAUUUUCCUACUCUCUCUUUCAGUGGAUGUGUCUGAGCUGAUGGCUUGGUGUGCUGCCAUGUCUUGAAUCUCUUUUGCAAUGUUCCCAGACUUGAAUCUCUUUCCAUGCUCAGUGCAGAGGUGACAUUUCCAGUCUGCAGGAAAAUGUGCUGUUGUUUGCUAGCACUCGCUAGCAACCACUGCAGAAGAGGAGAUUGUCAGCCAUAAGAUGUACAUAGGUGAAGGAUAUAAUUUAAUGGGUAGUAGAGAACAGUGCCUAGAACAGGGGGUUGCCUGAAAGCUCCCUAGCCAUGCUCCCUCCCAGGUCAAACUAACCAGGAACCUGAAUCCACCCUUGGUGAAGGGAGCAGUUUCCUUCUUGCACACACCAAUUAGGGUCUGGGAAAUAGCCACACUGGGAUAUUUGGGGUUCGUACCUGCCUAUUUGGCAUGAAGAUUUUAUAUUCAUAGCACAUUCAGUGGCUAAGUAUUAUCUUGUUCUCCUCUACCACAAUAUACCGUAUUUAUAUCACUUUAUACUUACAAGGAUCUUAUUUAUAACAGAUUUUGUAGACUGCUUCAUUUUAUUAACUGUUUCAGUACUGAAUGCAGCAAUUCUGCACUGAGACGCAUAGCACUGUGAACGCUACCCUGCUAACUGGCUCCGAGCUGCAGUAGGCAAACAUAACUCAUCCAGAUAUCAAAAAUCUAUUUCAUGACUACUGCUUAGACCUCAAGUUUCAAAACUAAUUCAGAGCAUGUGCUCCAUUCCUACAAUGAUAUAAAAAGGACAAUAUUUAACUACUGAAGACUUCUCUUUUGAUGGCACUUUAACAAACACAGUGAAUCUCACUUACUCUUGGAUAGCCUCUUUGCAAACUACUGCAUCACUCAUCUUUGAUAAUUAGAGAAUUAUAUAACAUACCUGCAGAUUUUUACUACUGAAAAAAUUACUUCCCUUUCUGCUGACUUGGCCCAGUUACCCUGAUUGCAUGACCAAAGUUACUGGGUACAAAUGUGAAUUGUCAGCUUUUUGCUAAUUGAAUAUUGUCCCAAACGAUUGCCAUCUGACUUAGAAGCAAGCAGCAGUCUAUUCCGUAAAGUAACCAAACCAUGAUCACAAAGCAUAUUUGCAAAUUUGGAUAUGGCCUUUACAAAGUUCAACCUUACUCUGAAAGAAGAGUCGACAAACCAAGGCAUGACGUACAUUUUUUUUCAAAAUGCAGAUGAGAUGUUAACAUUUUCUUGUGUGUAGAUAGUGUAAAACUGAGGAUAAUGUAAAUGUUAAAAAAACAAAAGUCAGUAUAUACGAAGUGAAAGUUAUUUAUUUUAUGUAGAGAAAAAUAUCUGGAAGGAACAAACUUCAGAAAUUAUUAAUAUUAAAAUGUAGCUGUUUUGUUUCAGGCAUUAUGUAUAAAUCAUUUAUUUUAUGGACCAAGUUUAAUGUAACUGUCCAUGACUGCAGAAGUGCAAUAUUAUAAUCACCUCUCCAUCACUCCAUAUUUUAAGCCAAUAAUCAGUGAUACUGACAAUCAUAACACCUGUGUUCUGUCCCUUUGUUAAGCUUCUUGAAUUUCCCAGCCUCUCCCCUAUCUGUUUCCAUUGUAAGAAUCUCUAAAGAGAAAAUCAUGCAAAAUCUUUGUUCAUUACUGCAAUAAUAUCAGAUCUGUGGCCAUGUAUUAACACGAAAUAUGCGGCUAGUUUUUUCACCAAUACAAGUACACUGUAAUUUCCCGUGAAUCUAUAGUCUCAUACAUACCUGUCUUAUUGUCUGUGUGAAGCAAAGAUCAAUGUACUACUCUGUCAUUCUAAGACCAAUAGCAAUAGUUUAACUUUGUGUUUAUAAACUGCUCUGAAAUGUUCUGGGGAGUGAUGCAUGUGAAACCACAUGUCUUUCCAAAUGCACAAAGAGGCUUAAUUUAGAUACAGUUACUGAAAGCUGAAUGUAUUUUCCAUCUUAUUAAAGGGGCACUGUCAGGUUAAACACCUUAUUUACCUUUGUUACAAAUAACAGUUCUGUGUUUAAUACUGAAGGAAUAUUAAAAGUUUAUUAUACUUUUCACUGUUAUGCUGGUUAGUUCCCUUUUGCAUUCAUCAGCUUAGCCAAGGAAAACAGACAAGUUGGUUCUGGUAACUAUCACUUCCUGGUUCUCAUGCAUUCAGCACAAAGCCACAAUAUUUAUAUUGAAAGCACUGGACAGAGAUAUUUAUUUAUUUGGGUUUUUUUUAAACCAACCACCUGUUUCUAUUGGAAUUCAACAUUCAUGGAAACAUUUCUGUGGAUCUUAUUUUUUUUCUAAAAAGCAGUUUUUUAUAAUCUCAAUGUUAGGGCAGAUUUUUACCUGACGCUGUCCAUUUCCAUUUUUUUAAAAUCCAAACUGUCACUUUAAUUCCUUAUUUUCUUCUUUUGAUAAAUCAUUAAAAUGUCAAAAUUUUAAUACCAAAAAAUUGUACAGUGUUAGAAGAUACAUUAAAUGAAAACCAGUAGUUAACCAAAGGGUUACUAACAAACUGCUCUUCCCACAAGCAACCUGCACUUGUAGUAGCCCCUGCUCUUCAGGUAUCUUCAGCCUUUGCUGCAUUUUCCUAUUAGUUCUAUAAGCCUUACAUUUUUCUCCCUUUCCUUGUAUGUAAACUCUGGAUAUUGAUAUCCUUGACUGUCGAUUUUAUAUUCAAUAAUGUUAGUUAUAUUUUAUUUAUAAAAAAAUAUUUUAGGGACACAGAUGGGGGGAGGAACUACAUCCUGGCUUAAUUUGACAGUUAUAUCUGCACAUCUCCAGGGAAUGAGAGUUAGACCUGAGUCUGCUGCUUCCUGGUUUUCAUUUUGUGUGUGUAAAAAAAUGUUAAGAAUUAUUUGUUCGUAUGUAACAAAUCAUUACUACUGUACAGCUUCCUUCUCCUCCUUGCUGUUUGUGCAUUGUUCCAAUGCCUGGGUGUGCUUUGUGUACAGUAUCUUUGUACAUUAUGCAGAUUAAAAAAAACAGGAAGGCUACUUUGCUUCUUUUGGUGACUUAAACUGAUAGUUAAUGCAUCCCAGAGUCUGGGAAUUGAAAGUGUCCAAUGGGAUUAGAUGCUAUCUUUUUCUUUGGGAAUGAUGUAAACUGCUAAGCAGAAAAAUACAGGGAGUGCACACACUGACAUGAGACAAAUGGAAAAAGAGAAUUACAAGCACUCUGCUAAGGAUUGCAGAAGAUGUUCUACAGUCAGCAUGUUAAUGAAAUGAUGGGCACAGUAAGUGAACCAAUAAGAGUAGGGAACCACCCAACAGCAUGUGGAUGCUUCACUUUGGCUGCUGGAAAAAGCCUCAGACUAAGCUUGGCUUACCUAAGGGACCAUCUCUUAUUCCUCCACACAACCUGCUGUUGGCACUACUCCCUUACAAUGACCCUUCCAAAAGGAGGGAAACAGCCCCUUUCCUCCACUAUCCAGUACAGGGAGAGAUUUAUCUGGCUCAGUCCUACUCCAGUACCUCACUGUUUGUCCAGGGCUACACACACACACACCCCCCUCCCCAAUGCUGGCUCCUGUCAGUGGCCUUGUUAAAUAUAUGGUUCCAGGCAGGUUUGUGCCAUAACUAGCUCCUCUAUAAAAGGGAAGUGUGUUAACGCCAUCUGAACCAGCAACUACAGAGAAAUGGAAGAUGCAUUGGAGGCCUGCUAGCAAACUAAAUGGCUUCUAACAUAUGUGAUCAGCUUCCCAGUCAAGGCCUUCUAUGAGGCUAGAAAAGUGGCACAUAAAACUUUGUUCAAAUCAUAUAAAGGGGUACUUUAUUAGACAGUGAUUUUACCAUUCAGAACAGUUUCUGCCAAUAGGCAUCAGACCCCAAAAAAUGAAUUCUUCAGUGGGAUUUGUUCAAUAAGGUGGAAUAAAGGGAUCAAAGAAACUACUUAAAUCACCAAGGUAAGGCAGUAAAGGUGGCAUCUCUGAUAGAAGUCAGUGUGGUAAUAGCACUUAAGGAAAGCAAAGUAGGGCAGAUUUUUAUGCUACUAGCAAACCAGUAUGCACAAAGGAUGGUGGGGACAAGCAUUCAUUUUAAAGCUUCAGGUAUUAGCCUAAACAAUUGAGCACACACCUGCAAACAUACACAAAUCGUGCCUGUCCCCUUGCAACAGACUGGUUUGUCUCAUGCACCUGUCAUCCCUUCCCACUGGCACAUAAAUCAAUUCAGCAGCCCACAUUAUUGCUUUAACCAGUUUAUUUUUUCAAAGUGUUCAGGUUCAAGGUAAAGGGGAAAAAAACAGAUGGCUGAAUUUUCCUGAGCUCUUUUAGUUCUGAAAAGACCAAUUUCAUUCACAUAGAGCAGCAAGCCCUCUGUACAGGUCAGAGUUCUGUCUGGCCUAGGGGCUGUAAGCAACUAGUGAACUAAUCCCACCGAACACCCCCUUGCUGCCUCUAUAUCAGAGGCACCAAAGCAAGGGAGCAGGAACCAGUGCUAGAAAGAGCUGGCUUAAAAGCAGUUUUCCCCCUGCACUGUCUCUGCGGGAGAGGGGAGGCAGAGGCACAGGGGGGGAAAUGGUGCCAGCAGGAACCGAAGCAGUGUUCUGCCUGCUGUGUUCCGACUGCCGUGGGUGGCUGAGGCACAGUGGGGAAAGCAAGUGCCCCUCUAAGCGAGUAGUUGAUGGAAAUUCCAUUGACUACUUGAUUAGCUGAUUAAUCAAAAUGUAAUAUCCCUAGUCUGGCCAGAGCCAAAGAGCAGGGAAAGGAUAUUGCUUUGGUGCAGGGACAUUAGAAAGGCUAAGCAUGAGCCCCUGCUAAUUAUAUUCAAUAUGCUGGAAGGUUCAGCCGCUGAACUCCCAGGGCAGCCUGCUCUCCAGGAAGCCAUUGUUAACUAAAAGUUUGAAGCUGUACCAAACCAGGUGCCUUCACCUCUCAUUGGCUCAGUUAAAGAAGGCAUCUUUCAGGAAGUAGGGCUAAGCUCAUUGGCUACGUCUAGACUGGCAUGAGUUUCCAGAAAUGCUUUUAACGGAAAAGUUUUUCCGUUAAAAGCAUUUUCGGAUCAGAGCGUCUAGAUUGGCAUGGACGCUUUUCCGCAAAAGCACUUUUUGCGG